AUGUCCAAUGCUUCUCGGACACCUUCACCGUCACCCAAUCGAUCCGCAAAAACAUCACUGGCUUCAUCGACGCGUAGCGAUCUCGACAUCCCGCCGACAACAUCAGCCGUCUCAGGGCCGAUUAGCAGCUCGAGCGACGCCAACAAACCAUCGACAUCGAGUUUCACCAAAGGCAUCGGACGAUUUUUUCGCAACAGCGUGAAACGCAACUCACCGCGAAGCGCCCGAAUGUUCUCCGAGCCGCCGACAACGUCGGAUUCGGUGGAAUCGGCGCGUAGCGAGGACAUUAUCCAGCGAUCGCCGACACCGAGCCGCCCGUGCUCGCCAACACCGUCGCGCGAGAAAUCGCCGCAACGAUCGCGGAGUAAAAGGCUCGCGGGAUUCGCGAGCCGAAGCAUUCGGAAGAGCCAAUGGAGGUUGUUCAAGCAUCGCACGUUCUUCGGAAGUCAACAGAGAAACAGCAUCAAGAAGAACGAGCUGCAACUGCCGAAGCUAACACUCCGACAUCCGUCCGUCGACAGCGCCGCCAUGCCGCUGCCGAUCGACGUCGACGACAUCAAUAUGCGCGAUUUCCUUCAAAUUCGACGCGGUUCGCGAUGGACAGCAGAAUCCGAAUCAUCCGGGGGUCGUUUGCGCGAUUCACGCGACUCGUCCGACUUCAACGACUCGCAUGACACGCUCGACGUCGUCGCGACGGCGCCAAUAGGUGGAGCCGGUGGUGGCUCGGCGACGACGGCAACGACGUCCGGCGAUCAUCAUCAAUCGAUGACGGCGCCCGUGUCGCCGAGUGUUCCCCUAUCGGCGAGUAGCAGCCAUUCGGAGGGCUGGAAGUACUCGUCGCAGAAGUUGUUGUGGAAGCUCAAACCGCGCUACAUCAACUUCUCGCACGCCAGCUCGACGUCGUCGUCGACCGACUCGGCGUGGAAAUCGCUCGACAGCAUGACGUGGCGUUCGGUGGACGGCGCUGAGGUGGUGCUGCGCGGCGCGCGUCUCGAGAAUCUGUCGGAGAUCGAACGCUCCGCACUUCAUCUGUUGGCGUUGCAGCGCCUCGCGCGCCUAUUGCCCGGCGUCAAUUUGGGCAAGCCAAAAGAUGCUCUGUCAGUGUUGCGACAGAAGCGCCAGAAACUUGUCAAGUCCAACCGAGCGCCGACGAUGUCCGACGUUCAACGACGCGCUUCCGGAGUUCCAGAGGAGAAUCGCGUGUUCGGCGUUUCGCUGGCGAUGUGUAUGAUGAACGAGAAGCGGCUCGAUCAGGAGAGCCGAUGUCGAUCGCUGGACGACUCGACGGUGGUGUUGAUGAAUCGCAAGCCGGUGGCGAAGUCGGUUAAAUCCGAGCCGGAGAUCAUCAAUCAUCCGACGAACGACGACCGCAAAUGGUUGUACCCGUCGACGCAGAAUCUCUAUCCGACGAGCUCGUCGAAUCCGAGCUCGCCGUCGCCGAUCUCGAUAAUGCCGGCGACGAAUCAUUUGCUCAGCGCGGAGCCCGAAGUUCCGCAAGUUACGGGUCGAUUUGCGAAGAAGACGCGUCCGACGUCGGCGUCGUUCUCGUGUUCGCUCGACGCGUCGACAACCGACGACGUCGAUCCGCACGCGUUGCAGGUGCCGAAAAUCGUCGAGAACUGCACACAGUAUCUGAUGGCGUACGGUCUGAAUCAAGUGGGCCUGUUCCGUGUGGCCGGCAACACGAAACGCUGCCGGCAGCUGCGAAACGCGCUGGAGAAAGCCGGCGGCGGCACGGCGAUCAACGACAACAUGGUGGCGAACACGACGGCGCACGACGUCGCCACGCUCCUCAAAGAAUACUUUCGCGAUUUGCCGCAAUCGCUGUUGCCCAAAGAGCACUAUCAGGCUUAUAUUGCAGCAGCGCGAUUGAGCAUUGAGGAUCGCAUCGAGGCGAUUCGGCUGCUGUUCGCGCUUCUCGUCUCGCCCAAUUUGGACACGCUGUUCGUGCUGCUCAAAUUUCUCAGCGAGGUCUCGAUGAACAGCAAUGAUCGGACGGGUGCCGAUGGCGAAACGAUUCAAGGCAACAAAAUGGACGCGCACAAUUUGGCGACGAUAUUCGCGCCGUCGAUACUGCGCGCCGAUCACGACAAACUGCAAGAGAGUCUCGCCGAGAAUGAGCAACAGAUCACGAUUGUUGAGACGAUGAUCACGAACGUCGAGGAGAUCUUCAAGAUACCUAAAGAGUUGCAAUGCAAGAUCUACACGCAACUGCGCGAGACGGAGCCCGACCGAUUGGAUCGCAUACUCAACCAUUUGUCGAAAAUGGACAGCCUCGAGAGGCAGAGUCUGUUGUCGCCGUUUCCGGCGACCGUCGAGGAGGACGGAACGGUGUCGCCGCGAGCGCAUCAUCGGCAUUCGGACCAUUCGCAUAUUGGAAGGCAGUCGCCAUUGGCGAGAGAGCUCACUGGAAAUGGACGAGUGAAAGUGCAAUCGCAGCGAAGCGGCUCGUGGCCCUACUCGCUCACGAAGACGCAGACGAGUCCGAAUCGUCCGGAAGCGACGCAGCGGUUUUUUCCGUCGGACGAGCCGCCCAACUCGAAGUCGGCGUCGGCGACACCGUCGACGUCGCGUCGCGCCGAUCGCGCCGCCGACGAUUCGGGACGCGAUUCGGAGUUCUGCUCGGAUGAGAUACCGGCGGCGCGAGGCGAAGCGCCGCGAUCGCCGUCGCGCGAACGCGUCGACACAUUGCGAACGGCGGCGCGUAGCGGAGCGGCGGCGGCGCGCCGACGCCUUCGCAAUGUCGUCCGCGCGUUUCGAUUGUCGUCGGUGGCACGCAGCUCGCCCGACAUUGUCUCAUAG